AUGGCUCGUCCAAAUCACGGUGCCUCAGUGCCCGACGUCGUUGCCAUCAGCAGCGAGCGAGAGAGUGUAACAAAAUGGCAACAGCAAUGCGGCAUCAAGAAAGGCGACCAAAUUCGCCUGGUCAAGCUGGCACACAUGCGGUACCAACAUCCCGAUCUAGAUCAGAUCACCACCUUCCUUGAGGACUUUGGUAUGACGGUGGCAAAGCGAACGGAAGAGCAGAUCUGGUAUCGAGGCUAUGGAGAUGAUCAGUACGUUUACUACGCUCGCAAGGGGCCUAAGGAGUUUCUUGGAGGCACUUUUGCCGUGGAGACUUACCAGGAUCUAGAGAAGAAUUUUGACAGAGCCGCUCAGCUGCCAACAGCUGGCGAAAUCCGAGAGCUGUCUGAUGCUCCUGGGGGUGGAUCUAUGGUGACAUUGACAGACCCUGAAGGGUUUCCCGUCAACUUGAUGUUCGGACAAGAAGCACCGAAGAAGACUGAAUUUCCAGAGAAGCUCAUACUCAACUACGAAACGGAAAAGCCUCGGACGCGUAGAUUUCAGCGGUUCCAGCCAGGUCCUGCCGCUGUGCAUAAACUUGGACACUUUGGAGUUUGCACGCAGAGAUUUGACGAUCUAGUCACUUUCUACACCACAAACUUCAAUAUCGUGCCAACUGAUUUCCUCUAUGUGGAAAGAGAGGGCCAGAAGAAGAACGUCGCGCUGUUCGCUCACAUUGACCGUGGCGGCGAUUAUGUGGACCACCACAGCUUCUUCAUAAGUACAAAUGUGACAACACAUGUCCAUCACUGCUCAUUUGAAGUUCAUGACUUUGACACACAGAAGCUAGGACACCAGUGGCUGUCAGGCAAGAAGUAUCAAUCCGUAUGGGGCGUUGGCCGACAUAUUUUAGGUUCACAGAUUUUUGAUUACUGGUGGGACACCACCGGUAACAUGAUCGAGCACUAUGCAGAUGGUGAUCUGGUAAAUGAUCAGACACCUAUAGGAUACGGGCCGGCUGGGGAUGAGUCUCUAGCAGUUUGGGGACCAGAGGUCCCCUCUUGGUUUUUGAAGUGA